UUUUCUAAUGAACGAAUUAUCCGAUCCAAAAUCAGAAGUGUUCUUCUUUCAUCUUAGGUCACGGCUAAGAAAUUGAAAUCCAAUAAAGCUUCAUCAAUGGCGUCGAACAGCAGAGAAGCUCGGAGAAGGAGGAUUUUGGAGCGAGGAUCCGACCGUCUUGCUCUCAUCACCGGCCAUAUCGAUAACCUCCCUGAUCCUUCUCCCUCUCUCCAUCGUCUUAAUCAAGAUACACAGCCCUUGCUUUCCCAUCAGGACUAUCAAUCUCAUCCAAUUGACAAAAUUAACGUUUUUUCUCAUGGAGAGGAUAGGACAUCUAGCCCUGUGUUGCCAAAAGACGAUCACAACACUGAUUGUGGCCCAAUUGAAGGCGAUUUUGAUGGAAGCAGUUCAAUGCCUCUCUUCAGUAAAGAGGAGACCAAUUUUGAACCGUUAAGGAACCGGAACUCUGGUUCAGAAGACAGCUUGUUAAAUUCAUCUUUGGCCUCGUCUAGGGAUCAAAGUUCUUCAGUUUCUAAUUUGGCUACAGAAAGACAGGUGGAAUCUCAGACACAGAAAUACAGGUUUUUCACUCCAAAUCAAAUUACUUCUGCCCUAGCAGCUACAGAGCGCACUCGCUUUUUUUGUUCUAUAGCAUUAGCCCUUUUAGUUGUUUUGUCAUAUUUUGGAUUUCCUAUACUACGUAGCAAGUUCAUAAAGAGCAUUAUAAGCUUCAGGCCUCUCUAUCUAGUUUGGCUUACAAAUGCAACGGCUGUGCUUGCACAACUUCUUCGUAUACAAGGAAGUAGAAGAGAAAAUAAAACCUCAUCGGCUGAUGGAAAUGAUUUGGCCGCACAACUAGGUAAGACUUUAGAGAUAGGUUUGCUGAUUCAGAAGGGAGCUGAUGCCGUGUUCAUGACUUGUGCUGUUUAUGCAGUAAUUGUCGUGUGUGGCGUCUCUUUUGUUCAGAAUUUAAAUUAAGUGGAUUCAUCAUUCAUGUUCUUUUAUGUAUCGUUUUCUUACGGAACAUUCUUGCCCUGAAAACUUUCCUCGUUCGUUAAACAUUUUAUGGUGGAACUAAUUUAGCUUUCCAUUGUUUUGAUUUGUAA